AUGACGAAGUGGUCAAUCGAACUAAGUGAGUUUGACAUACAAUACCAACCAAGGCCCGCUGUCAAGGCCCAGGUGCUCGCUGAUUUCACAACUGAAAGGCUCCCCGAGUCUGCUGCUAAGUCAGAUGUAUGGGUGCUACACAUUGAUGGGUCGUCUAAUGCUAUUGGAGGGGGAGCUGGAUUCAUCCUUUCAGCCCCGGAUGAUAGUGAAACUCUUUUCGCACUAAAAUUAGAGUUCUCGGCAACCAACAACGAUGCGGAGUAUGAAGCUUUGUUAGCAGGUCUGCGCUUGGCAGAAACACUAGGGGUGGCACGAAUCAAGGUAUCGAGUGAUUCCCAGAUGGUGGUAGAGCAGUUGAAAGGAGAGUUCGAGGCUAGGGAACAAAGAAUGAAGAAGUAUCUCGCUAAGGCCCAAGAAUACGCGAAAGGGUUCAUUUAUUUCGAUAUAGAACACGUAUCAAGGAUAGGGAAGCCCUCAUAUGAGGAGGACAGCAUUAACUCGGUGGAAUUUGAAAUCAGCGAGGAGGAUUGGAGGACGCCUCUAUUCCUGUACUUCCGGGACGGUUCCCUACCAGAGGACAACAAGGAAUCUCUAAAAGGGAGAAGGGAGGCAGCAAGAUAUACGCUGAUAGGCCAGGAGCUAUACAGACGGUCUCUAACACUGUCAUACCUUCGUUGUCUAAACAAUGAAGAAGGGAAAUACGUACUAAGGGAAAUCCACAAAGGAGUGUGCGGAAACCACUUUGCGAAUAGGGCCUUAGCCCACAAAGCCAUACGGCAGGGAUUUUACUGGCCCACAAUAAAGAAAGACGCGCUCGAACUCAUCAAAAGAUGCGACAGAUGCCAGAGGUGCGCAGCAGUACCACACAUACCAUCUAAUCUUCUCUUCCCUCUUACCAGUCCCUGCCCCUUCGCCCAGUGGGGAAUGGACAUCCUGGGACCUCUACUGCAGGCAACUGGUCAAAGAAAGUUUCUGGUUAUAGCGAUCGACUAUUUCACUAAAUGGGUAGAAGUCAAACCCCUAGCCACUAUAACAGAGCAAAACAUUACGCGCUUCGUAUGGACGUCAGUAGUUUGCCGGUUCGGGAUCCCAUGGGCAAUAGUUACUGACCACGGGAGGCAGUUCAACAAUGAGCACUUCAAAAAGUUCUGUUCGGACCUAUCUAUUAAGCUUGUUUUCGCUUCCGUGGCACACCCCCAGAGCAAUGGAUAG